AAAAAAAAAGGAAAAUCUAGAAAAACCAAAAUUACUUAAAAAAACAAAAAUUGUAAAAUUUUUUCUUUCUCUUCUGUUCUGCUAUCUUCAGCCCCAAAUUAAAAUUCCAAUAACAUUCACAAAAAUUUCAAUUUCAGAAUUUCACCUUUUAAAAAUCCUUCUUUUCAUCUCUAUACAAAAAGGAGUAACUUGGGUAUUUCUCCUUUUCAGUUUUUGAUUUUUUUUUCUUUUGUGAACACUUCUCUUCUUUUCUUUUUUUGUUGGGUUUUCUUGAAAGGUGGGGUUUUGUUUACUUUCUUUUAUAGUUAUUCUUUUCUUUGAUUCUUUGUCCAUCAUUUUUUCCCUUAACUUCUUUACCAGAUUCCCCACCUGGGUUUCUUAUUUUAGUUUUAUUUUUAUUAUUUUCACAUAGCCACAUGCAUUUUCUUCAGUUUGUCUGAUCUGGAUUGGAUCACAAGGUUCUUUUCUUUUCUGUUUCUACUUUGAAGAACAGUACGAGAGAAAGUGAAAGGGAAGGGGUCUUUGGUGGGGUUAAAAGCUUGACAAAUCUCUUCUUUCUUUGUUGGGAGAGCAAUCUUUGGUUGCUUGGAAGAAAAGGAGAAAGAAAGAAUCAGGGGGGAAUAGUCUACUUCUGCUGUGCUUACAUUGCUGGGGGCUUUUGAGUUGAAAUUGAGAUUUUUAGAGUUGAAUGAUUGAGAUUGGGUUUCAAUAGGAAUAGCUGGUCUUGGAAUUGAUAGCACAUUUUGACUCCUGAGGCAUGGCGGGUAUUGAUGUUUCUAAGUAUGCACAUAGCGCUGUGCACAAGGCUGUUGCCACGAGGGAUUAUGCCAGUCUCAGGAGGAUACUUGCUGCUCUCCCACGUCUUGGUAAUCCGGCAGAGAUUCGAACAGAAGCAGCCUCGUUGGCUGAGGAAGAGAAGGCUGAUGCGAUCGCUGCUGUGAUUGAUAGGCGUGAUGUUCCUAACCGGGAUACUCCUCUUCACUUGGCUGUUAAACUUGGUGAUGAAACUGCAACUGAAAUGCUUAUGGUUGCUGGUGCUGAUUGGAGCUUGCAAAAUGAACAAGGAUGGAGUGCACUUCAAGAAGCAAUUUGUAAUAGGGAAGAAGCUAUUGCUAUGAUUAUUGUUCGGCAUUACCAGCCUUUGGCAUGGGCAAAAUGGUGUAGAAGGUUGCCUCGCCUGGUGGGAACUAUGCGAAGGAUGAGAGACUUUUACAUGGAAAUCACAUUCCAUUUUGAGAGUUCUGUGAUACCUUUCAUUUCCAGAAUUGCUCCUUCAGAUACAUAUAAAAUUUGGAAGAGGGGUGCAAAUUUAAGAGCCGAUAUGACUUUGGCUGGAUUUGAUGGAUUCAGAAUUCAGCGUUCAGAUCAGAGUAUUCUUUUCCUUGGUGAUGGUUCUGAGGAUGGGAAGGUUCCUCCUGGAUCACUUUGUAUGAUCUCACAUAAGGAUAAAGAGGUGAUAAAUGCUUUGGAUGGUGCUGGUUCUCAAGCAACUGAGGAAGAAGUUCGACAAGAAGUGGUUGCAAUGUCUCAGACUAAUAUAUUCAGGCCUGGGAUAGAUGUGACGCAAGCAGUUCUUAUGCCACAAUUGACAUGGAGGCGACAAGAGAAAACAGAAAUGGUGGGUGCCUGGAAGGCUAAGGUGUAUGAUAUGCACAAUGUUGUUGUUAGCAUCAAAUCUAGGAGGGUGCCUGGGGCCAUGACAGAUGAUGAGUUCUUUGCAACUUCUAAUGAAAAUGAAACAGAGAGUGAAGAGCUCAAUGAGAUCUUGACAGAAGAUGAAAGGAGACAACUUGAAGUUGCUCUUAAGUUGGAUUCUUCAGAAAUAUCGAUUGAGAAUGGUGAUGGCAUUAUUGGGCAUCGCCAUAGUUGUUAUGAGUCUAGGGAAAUUCCCAUCGAGGAGUCCAAUGGUUAUAAAAAUGGAGAGACUAAGCCAGAAAAGAAAGGGUGGUUUGGUGGAUGGAGGAAACGGGAUUCAAAGCAAGACAUGCAGAGGAAGAUUGUGCCACCAAGAAGUUCUCUUUGUGUAGAAGAAAAGGUGAGUGACCUACUAGGUGAUUCUCCAUCUAGGAGUCAGAUCAAACCUGGUAGACAUUCUGUGGAGAUUGUGGCAAGGGAUGAUCAUCGGAGGAUAAGAGAUUCGAGAACAUCUACUUCCAUGAGUUUGGAGAGUGGUAAUCGGCGUAAGGAUAGUGGCCGUGAAAAUGAGUAUAAGAAAGGAUUGAAGCCUAUUCUUUGGCUUUCUCCAAACUUCCCACUGCAAACUGAAGAACUCCUACCGUUGCUUGAGAUUCUUGCAAACAAGGUUAAGGCGAUUCGUCGGUUAAGGGAAUUGCUCACUACAAAACUUCCAACAGGAACCUUCCCAGUCAAGGUUGCUAUCCCAGUGGUUCCAACAAUCAGAGUGAUGGUUACUUUCACAAAGUUUGAAGAAUUACAGCCUGUGGAUGAGUUCUCGACACCCCCUUCUAGCCCCACUGCUGGCCGAGAAAGCCCUGCAGCUACACAUUCCUCGGGUUCAUCUUGGUUUCAGUGGAUAAAGGCACCAUAUCACCGCCCUAGCUCAUCCAAUCAUAGCUACAAUAAGAUAGAAAAUCUUCAAGAUCCAUUUGCAAUACCUCCAGAUUAUACUUGGCUUACAGCUGAAGCAAAGAAAAAGAAGAUGCAAGAGAAGAGCAAAUCAAAGAAAGGUAAGAGUCCGAAUCAUUGAAUUUAGGCUAAGAUCCAGAUGUAUAACAAGUUCCAGCUUUCCAAAGGAACUCCAUCAGAUACCAAAUAGCAAAUAGUGUUUCAUUAAUUCUUAAAAUUUGUGUCUCUGUUAAUGAAAAAAGGAAAUAGAAACAUAGAUUACAGGGGCUGUUUUCUAUCAAGCGUGGAUAGAUUAUUGGGGCUCUUUUCUAUCAAGUGUGGAUAAUCCCUUCUGUUAUGGGAAAAUUUCGUAUAUUGUUGUGGGGAUGGAAAAAGGGUGAAAAAAUAUGUGAUUCUUACAGCAUUUGCUUGGCAUUUGGUGGGAUGUUACCCUCUUUGGAUUACUGAUUUACAUCCUUUACGUUUGACUAACUUUUGACUACAGUUACUGACAGAAUUGGCAAAGUUUUAUUCCUGGCAGCAGUGUCAAGUUUUAAUGCUCCUUUAGUUUUUAUUUAAUUUUUGUAACCAUUUAGAUAAUUUGUUAGAAGAGGUUAUUAAGUUUUCUUCUUGUGAAAUGUGUCUUUUUCUCUGUUUUUUUCCCCUUGCAUCCCAUAUGGACAGGAAUCAAAUUUAAAAGUUCUUGUUUUCUUUCUAUAAUUUAUCUGUAUUUGUUCCAUUCUUUUUGGGUACAAUGGACCGGAAAAAAAGUCCUUGCAUCUGUGCUAUUGUAAAGCAACGUUGUCCCAAAUUCUGAUGAUGGCAUGAUUGAUGGAGAUAUAAUCGAAUAUGGCAACAGUUUCAGAAUACCCUUUCGUUGAAAAACUGUGAUGCCCAUGGAGUCAAUUCAUUCAUUAUAUUAUUCUUUGUGCAUAGCUCCAUUUAUCAUAUCACAUAUUGGAGCUUUCAAGAUUCAAACACUAAAUUGAUAUUUCAAGAAGUCUUGUUCGUAACACAGUUUCCUCACCACUACCGUAGAGUCAAAUUCUGUUUUCACCUCAAUCAUUGCUUAUUCUUAAUGCUGUGAAUGUUGGAAAUGCAAUUGGAAGGAUCCAGUUGAAUCUAGAGCAAAAACAUUUUUGGAUAACUGUGACUUUGAUUUUGAUGCUUUGAGUCUGGUCUGACUGGCCCUUUUUCCCUUCAUUGAAUUACCAACCUAUUGUAAGGUUCUUGACCUAAAGGGCCACCAAACAAAAGUCUCUUUGGUUGCAUGGUAGAGGAAUUUCUAUGGUAUUGUAAUUGCGUUUUAUCGUUGGAUUUUUUUUUUUUUGGUUGUACCGUAAUUGCAUUUUAUGAUUGAAUCUUUUAAGAGUACAAUUAUAAAACUACAUAUAGCGAACGAUGGGAGUUCUCUCAUUAUGCAUCCGAAUGAAACUUUAGUGCUGAUAAGAGUAAGCACCUUGGUCUUUGAUGGUGUGCCUCUUUCAUUGAAACAAAGAAUUGAUAAAACAUUUUGUUUCUUUCUUCUGCCUGCCAAUGAGGCAUUGAUUACUAAAAUAACAAAUCAAGCUAGGCUAAGGCCUAACCGUCAUUUCAAAUUCACUUCACAUUCAUGUUUGGCAGACAUCAAAACCUUUUUUCAAUACUAUUUUGUAACUGUUCCAAGUUCUACAUAUACAUAUAUAAUGAAUUUGAAAAUAAUGGAAUUUGAUUAUGCUGCCGUGUGGUAAUGUGUCCAUCCAAGUAUGAAUUAAGACAAGUUUAUAAGUUUAAUAUUUCUUUAUAAAAAGUAAAGUGGCAACAAUUCAAUCAAAUAUAAAAGCAUCUUAGCAAUCAUGUUUUAUGUUAGUGCUGUAGAGGCGUGUGCAUUUAUGCUAUGAUUGUGGUAAUGAGCAAAGAUUUCGACAACUUGUCUU